CAGUAUGCUGACAUUUUUGUUAAAAGGACAACUGAAAUGCUGCAACUACUUCAUAAUUAAAUUGGCAAACUGAAAAAAUGUUUACACAACUUGGUAACUGUAACUCAUGCAUUUGCAGAAAGGUGUCUAGCAUGUUCUAUGUGGAUGAGAUCCAGUUGUUGGUCACGAGAUGAGGCUCCAUUCACCGAUGAUAAAGGAAGUCUCAUACUUAUGACCUAAAAAUGCAUUAAUUCUCUACCAAAAAGCUUCUUCUCUCAUUGUCUCACUUACCCAACAAAUCAUCAAAUAGGCCUAUCACAUGAAUGCCAUAAAUAUGCUCACAACCAUUUCUAAGAAGGAGAAUAUAAGAAUGCAUGUUCACAACAGCCAUUUUUGUCAGAAAAUUGGUGGUGCUUAAGAUGAUGAAGCAUUUGGUUUUGACAUUGACAUGGAUGUUGUGGCUGAGCCUAUGUGGCAGAUGCAUGUCUCAGGUGCAGCCACGGCUUCCUCCGGGGCAACAGGUGCCAUGCUUCUUCAUAUUUGGUGACUCAUUGGUUGACAAUGGAAACAACAAUGGAAUUCUAACUCUUGCCAGGGCCAACUACAGGCCUUAUGGCAUUGACUUCCCUGGGGGUGCCACUGGUCGCUUCACCAAUGGCAGAACUUAUGUUGAUGCUUUAGCUCAGCUUCUGGGUUUCCGAACAUAUAUUCCUCCACACUCAAGAGCAAGGGGAUUGGAUCUUCUAAGAGGAGCUAACUAUGCAUCUGGAGCUGCAGGCAUUAGAGACGAAACAGGCAGUAACCUUGGUGCUCAUACUUCAAUGAAUGACCAAGUCGCAAACUUUGGCGACACAGUGCAGCAGCUGAGAAGGUUCUUCAGAGGAGACAAUGACUCACUUAGUAGCUACCUGGGCAAAUGUCUAUUCUUUUCAGGGAUGGGAAGCAAUGAUUACCUGAAUAACUACUUCAUGCCAGACUUUUAUUCAACUAGCUCAGAUUUUACUGUUAAAGCUUUUGCAUCUGCCCUUCUUCAAGAUUACUCUCGUCAGCUAUCUCAAUUAUAUUCACUAGGAGCAAGAAAAGUGAUUGUUACAGCAGUUGGUCAAAUUGGCUGCAUACCAUAUCAGUUAGCCCGUUUUCAUGGUAACAGCACCAGAUGCAAUGAAAAAAUCAACAAUGCCAUCUUGCUAUUUAACUCCGGCCUUAAGAAAAUGGUUCAAAACUUCAAUGGAGGGCAGCUUCCAGGAGCAAAGUUUGUGUUCCUUGAUUUUUAUCUAAGCAGUUCAGACUUAUCUUCAAAUGGAGCAUCAUUUGGAUUUGAUGUGAUAGACAAGGGCUGCUGUGGAGUUGGCAAGAACAAUGGACAAAUUACUUGCCUUCCAAUGCAACAACCAUGUGAAAAUCGUCAGAAGUACUUGUUCUGGGAUGCUUUCCACCCCACUGAGGUGGCCAAUAUUUUACUAGCGAAGGCAUCAUACAGUUCACAAUCAUACACUUAUCCCAUUAAUAUUCAAGAAUUGGCAACCCAGUAAAAAGUUUAGUUUAUGUUGGAUUUUGUCUGUUUGUGUGGUAUUUAUGCAGUGCAUGCACUCUGCUGUUUGAUCAGUGUUCAUGAUCUUGUGUUGUUGUUGCUUAAACCAUUUGAUUUCCUUUGUACACUUGUUAUUCCAUUAUGUAGGAAUAAUAUUACAUUAACAUAUAUGAAACACCUCUGUG